AUGGAUCAAGCGCGCGAACCCGCGUCACCCCCCGGGACCGUGGACGCCCGCGAUCCCCCCGUCGCGGACGCGACGCCCGCGAACGCGCCCGCGCCCGCGCGCGCGCGAGGGAGCGACGCCCCGCCCGCCGAGGAACGGAAUCGCGCCUCGUCGACUCGCCGAAGCGACGCGCGGAACGAUCCGGAUGUCGCCACGCGCGAGCUCGAGGAUGACGCCGCAGGAGAAAACGACCGCGACGACGACGCGAUGCCCGCCGCGGUCGCCGUCGUUCCCGACGCCCCAGAAGGAGCGGAGUGUCGGAUAUGUCUCAUGGACGAUCCCCCGUUCUGCUCCCCGUGCAAGUGCAAAGGGUCGAUGUCGUACGUCCACGUCGCGUGCCUCGCGCGGUGGUGCACCGAGACCGGGGUAACAUCGUGCGAGCUAUGCAUGCGAUCGUUCCCGGGAUACUUCGCGAACGCGGGACGAAGCGCGCGGAGGGAACGCGCGAGGGAGGAGGACGAGCGGCGAGCGGCGACGGAUCGUCUGCACGCGCAGGCGUUGAACUUCCACGCGGCGUACGGACGUCUGCCCUCCACGACGCUCGAUUUCGCGAUGAUAAACCUAAACACUAUGCUCGAAGCGGAGGCGUCCUUACGACGCAAUGACGCGAGCGAGGGCAGCGUGCAGGUCGUCGUUAUCGACGCAAACGGCCGCGCGCGCACAAUCACCUCGCGGAACGUCGCGGAACUCAACGCGCGCGCGAGAGGGGUGCCGGGCAUCCCAGACGCGCGAGAUACGGGGAUCCACCCGGCGACGCUGUCGCAGAUACGAGCGCUUCAUCACGAGCUCUCGAACAGAGUCGAUCACGACGACCCUGGGUCGAGAGAGAGAGAGAGAGAGAGAGACGCUGCCGCGGAGAGGUUCGCGUUUUGGAUGAGAAUGUUCAUCUUCGUCGCGAUAGCCUUCGUCGUGCUGUACGUCGUCAUCGCUGUGUUCGGGGGGAGCGAUUACGACUCUCCCGUGUUCACGCUGAGAGUGUUCGGACUGUUUCUCGCCGUGAUGCUGCUCGCGAGGGUCGUGCAGGUGUUCAAACAGAGGAGCGAAGAGAGAGAGGCGAAUCAGAUAGAGCAGAUUUUAGAGUGGCAUGCGGUGGCGAGGGAGGAGAACCUACGCGCGGGCGGAGGGGGGGGGUCGGGCGGGAGAAGCGCUCGCAGAGUCGAGAUCCUGUGA